AUGGCUACCAGAGAUCUCCCAAAAUCUGUAAAUGACCUUUUCGUUGGAUGGGUUGGUCGCAUCCAAGAUGAAAUGACCAUUGGUAAGUCACAAGAUGAAUUGAUCAAUCAAGAUAAGCUUGCAAAACUCGAUGAGUUUGCUUCUAUCCACUCCAGCGAUGAAGACAUUGUCACAAGCGACGGUGAUGACGCGGAAUAUGAAACCAAAGUUAGAAUGAAAAACUUAUGGCCAGCUUUUGCCUCAGGUGCUGGUUUGUUUUCUGAUGGUUAUGUAAAUGCAGGUAUUAGUAACGUUAUUUCGUGUUUAAAGAUUAUUUAUGGAGAAGAAUUUACCCAAAGUAAUGCCAUGUCAAACAUUGGGUCCAUUGCUUUUGUUGGUACAAUUAUUGGUCAAUUGGGAUUUGGGUACAUCAGUGAUCGUAUGAGUAGACACAAGGGAAUGUUAAUUGCAAAUAUUAUGUUGAUUGUGUUUACUAUGUUAUGUGCUGUCGGUUCUUGGGGUAAAACCACCCAGGGUUUCUUUGCUUGUUUGACCGUUUGGAGAUUUUUCCUUGGUAUUGCCAUUGGUUCGGAAUAUCCGACAAGUUCGGUCAUUGCAUCUGAGUUUGCCAAUCAAUUACCAGCUGGCCAUAGAAACAGAUACUUUUCCUGGUUCACCAAUAUGAUGAUUGAUUUUGGGUUUGUGGUUGCUAGUUUUGUUCCGCUUGUGUUGUUGUGGAUCUUUACUCCUCGUCACUUGCGUGCUUUGUGGAGAGUAAGUAUUGGAUUGGGUGUAGUUCCACCAUUGAUUUUGUUCUUUAUUAGAUUGAGAAUGUCAAAUUCAAAGAGUUUCACCAAAUUGAAUAUGAAGAGAGUUGACUAUAAGGACUACCCGUUCUGGUUGAUCUUCAAGUUUUAUUGGUUUAGAUUGACUAUUGUGUCUUUAAUCUGGUUCAUUUAUGACUUUUCUGUUUACUCGUUUGGUACAUUCAACACAAUCAUUAUUGGAGAGAUAAUCCCAGAUGGUACAUUGUAUCAAAAUUGGGGUUGGUCAGUUGUAUUUAACUUGUUUUAUAUGCCAGGGUCUUUUACUGGUGCUAUCGUGGCUGAUUAUUUGGGUCCUAGAUUAACAUUGGCUUUGGGUGUUGGAAUCCAAGGUGUCAUUGGUAUAGCGAUGUCUGCAUGUUUAGACUCGUUGAAGAAGCACAUUGCUGGUUUUGUUGUUGUCUUUGGAAUCUUCACCACCUUUGGUGAGUUUGGUCCAGGUAACAACACUGGCUUGCUUGCUUCAAAAACUUGUGCUACUCCGAUCAGGGGGCAAUAUUAUGGAAUUGCUGCCGCUAUUGGUAAGAUUGGUGCGUUUGUUGGUACAUGGGUAUUCCCAGCUAUCCAGAAGCAUUAUUCUUAUAAUGAGAGCUUGGCUUUGCAAGUACCAUUUUAUAUUUCAUCAGCAUUGUGCUUAUUUAGUGCACUAUUAACCAUCUUCUUUGUGCCACCAGUUGGCCAAGAUGCUAUCAACAAGGAGGAUAAAUUAUUUUUGCAAUAUUUGCGUGACAAUGGGUUUACUAAGUUUGAAAAGUUUGGAGACUUUGGUAUUGUUGCAAAUGACGAGGAGAAUAAGGUUGUCAAACCAUUUAUAAGUGAAGUAGAAAAGGAUGAUGACGAGGUUGUUGUUGUUCAUGAAAAGAGAUAA